AUUGAAUAAUUUUUGUUAUACAAAAGAAAAAUUAUUAAAAUUAAAUAUAAACCGACCAUUUGACUGGUUGACUUAUAAAAGUCUGAGAGAGGAGCAGAGACAUGGUGAACAAAAAUUAUAGAAUGGCAAGGGUAGCGGGAAGGAAAGAUGAGAGAAUUCUGACAAGGCUGGCAGAUGAAUUCGAACAACUGGCCGCUCAGCUGAAUUCUCCGGUACCAACCAUGGAAAUUGACAAGUUCACUCAAUCCUGCCAUCUCGUUUCUCCUCUCAUUCGACACUUAGGCGUCGCUAUGAAGUUCGCCGACAUCGAGUACUCUGCUAAGGUUAGUGGGGUUGUAAAGGCAAGAAAGUCAGUUAAUACCCUAGAAGAUUUGCUUGACCAUGACAUACAGAAGAAUACCAUUAAGCACUUUAGUAGUAGCUCGAGAAUGCUCAUCAGAGUGAAGCGUUCACUUGAGAUGCUUAAGAUAAUAUUCGAGAAAAUUAUGGCCUCAAGCGAAAAUACUCUCAUGGAUCCGGUUAACACAGCAUAUAAACAAGUUUUUUACCCCUACUACGGAUGGGCUAGUAGAAAGACUCUUGCGGGUGCACUGCAAAACCUUCCUACAAAGUCACUGUUCUUCAAAAGGCUAAAAGUAGAUGAGGCAACGGCUUUUAUUCAGAUGCAAAGGACAGUUACUGCGUUGGAUCCUCUGAUACACUACAUUGAUAACUUAUUCCAUUCAAGGGGGUCAGUUCAAGAGCUGCUACGCUUGCUUUGAUCGAUUUCAUUCUUUUGCACUUUAUGCAUUUUUACAAAUAUGCUUUGAUUUCCGUAUUUCAUGUGUAUUGUAUGAUGAUUGAAUAUUAGUGUGAUGAAUCUUAUAAGGAAUCAGAUUGUUAUUUGAUUUUGUUGUAAUUAUGAUAUUUUUCUUAUCUUCA